GAGAGAGAGAGAGAGAGAGAGAGAGAGAGAGAGAGAGAUUUAUAUCAGCAGCAGACCAGCAAAUAAGAGCGAGAUAGAGAGUUAUUUUUUGGAGUAGUUUUUUAAAUUCUUGUAGGACGUAGAGAUGUGGCUCUGAGCAAGAACUGAGGGAGCUGAAAUAGACAGAUACAGGUGUGUGGGGAUGACAGGCGCCAGCUGGACCCGGGUGUGCUGGAGCAGAAGACCAGUUAGCAUUCUGCUGCUCUUUGGGCUUUUAAUAAUAGUCCCUCCAUCCCUCCUGCAGCCUCCUCUCCCCCUCUCCCUGCCGGUCAACAUGUCGGCUCUCCCCCCCCCCUGGCACUUCCUCCCUGUGUCCCAGGCGGAGCUGGACCCUCUGUUUUCAAACUCCAGCCCCUUCUCCUUCUCCCAGAGCCUGUUCAUGGUGCCCUGGCCCGGCCAGGCCACCAGGCCACGCCUUCAUGCUGCCUUUGGCCCUCACUCAGUUACACAGCUGGUAUCAGAGCCUGUCCUCCCUCUCUCGUCUCUUCUGUCGGCCUCCCUCCUCUCAGAGCAUGUGGAGAGAGAGAAGGAUAACGGCAAAAAGAUGAGGUUCAGGGUGAGGACGCUGUUCCACAGGCGGGGCCACACAAGCACCCGCGGGACCUGCAUCACCCUGCAUGCUUUCAGGCAGACAGAGGAGCACAAGGCCUCCUGUAUCACACAGCCUCCUCUAGGCCUGUGCGUGGUUACUCUGACUCUGCCCACUGACUGGUUUGAGGAUCCACACACCAACCAAUCACGUCAGGAGUUGGUAAAGUGGCGCAGUAACAUCCACCCUCGCCGCCGGUUGAAGAAGUGGGAACGGCAGCGGAGGGGACAUCAUCAAGGCAACGUUGUCAACCGGCAGCGUACCACUUCUCCUUCACUGAGAACCCAUCUAGGUAUGGAUGGGGACACCCAGGGGGAUGUUCCAUGGGCCCUCAGACACCAUCGGAUUCCCACGAGAAACCAAAUACAGCUGUACUACUCCUUUUCUGACACCGCAGCCGACCUAAAGCUGACACCAGCAGGAUGUGUGGAGGACAGCGCGGCCCAGUUCCAGAGGCAGCUCAUCCAUAUCCGGGCAGUGACACUGAAGGAGGAGGGGGACCGAGAGCAGAGCAGGACCAAAGAAGAAGAAACCUGUUUGAACGGGCAGGAGGAGGUAGAGCUCAGCUUGGACCCCCAUGUCCUGAUUAGCUAUCACAGGGGCCCGGUCCUGAUAGGACAGCCAAUCAGAGUGUCUGUGAAUCUGAGAGCCAACUUCAGUGCUGAGUUUGUUGUCAUAAGGCUGAAGGUGAAGAAGGGCUUGGUGUCGAUGGUGGCCCAAAGGACUAUGAUCUCUGACCUGUGGGCAGUGAGCCUGGAGAGAAGCCAAGGCUCCAAACAUGACGUGGUGUCCAUCCUCUGCCACAAACACAGCACACGCAAGCACACGCACAGUCCCACUCUCCUUCAGCAGGUAGCGUGUCUGUCGGUGGACGGCCGGAAACGGAGCUUCGGUGUUGCCAUGACGGUGUCUGCUAACUGGUUUGUGGAGUACUUCAACCCCCUAUCACCACACGGGGCAGCAGUGAGCAGCUUCUCAUUCGCUGAUCGACACAUCGUUAGCAUCAUUCCCAUCACAGAGAGUAACACGAUCAUCAAUACAGCCAUACUGACCAACCAGCGUGUGUCGCUUCCUGUCAUUGUGCUGGCCAUAGACCGGGAUGGAAAGGUGUCAGAUGUCACCUCUGCAGUCACAUGUCACUCUACCAACGAGGACACUGUCAAGGUGUCCAGCGAUUGCUCCACCCUCUUUGUGGAUGGCAGUGAGUCAGGGUUGGGUAACACCUGUGCAGUGGUGGAGUUUCUACUGGGCGCGCUCAGUGGCUCUGUGUGUUUGGAGGUGUGGGCUCCUUCAGUGCCCCUGCGAGUGUCUUUGGCAGACCCCGUUCUCAACGCCAUCGAUGGCUGGAACCAUUUCACUGAUAAAGGGUGUGUGCCAGUGUACCAACGCUCCUCAGUCCAGGUUCUGACUCAGUUCACAGCUCAGGACUCUCACAGCAGAACCACACACCUGCUGGGCUCGUCUGAUUGGUUCGUGGAUGUGACAGAGCUGGUUGGCAAUUGGCUGAGAGUAGAAGACCCUCGGGUGGCUUUCCUUGGCCCCCAAAACCACCUGAUUGGUUCACGACCAGGAAAGACGUCCCUUCAUGUCAUCUCUGAGCAGUGGGAUGGCGUGCUGGGCAGAUGUGACAUCACUGUGAUCUCUGACCCCGUUACCCCAGGGGACCUGUCGGUGCAGGUGGUCAGCGGCCUCGGCAUGUCCGUCAAGGCUAGCCCCGCCCACCCUUCCAUCGUCACAACAACAGUGACAGCCUACAACACCCUAUACAACCAGCACCAGGAGGUGUCCAUCAGCAUCUGGCUCCAGUUCAGUGACAACACCGCGUCCCUCCUCUCCUCCUUCAGUGACCUUCCCUUCUUCCUGCGUCUCUCCUCAUUGGCUGAGACUGUGGUUGUGGUGACGCCUGGCCCCAGCCAGCGCAUCGUUGCCCAGGGCGACGGAGGCGGGCCUUUACUGCGUGCAGAACUUCUUGUUUCAACCUGCCCUGACCAGCCAAUCACCUCCAACUCCAUCAGUGAAGGCGACAGAGAUUGGACGGAUUCGGGAGGAGGAGGUGGGACCAGGAGGCUGGCGAGGGGAUCUGGUUGGAUAAGAGUCAACGUAGACCUAGACUUCCUGCAGCCAGCAGGGGAUGACUUUGAGCUGGACUUCUCAGACACACUGGUGGAGUCAGACAGCCAAGUCUAUACAUCCAACUUUGACGAGGACAGAAGAGAGAAUGUAAGCAGUGACACUAUGAACUGGAAGGAGGUGGCCAACGGAGGGAUGGUCCGCUGGAACAAUCUGGAAAGAGCUGUGCUGAUGCCGAGCCAGGAGGAGGGUGCGGUGUACUUCUCCCCGAGUCAGGAGGAAGAAGGAGAGAGGGGGGAGGAGGACAUGGACGGGCAGGGAGCUGUGGAGCUGGAGCUGGGUGUGGCUGCCGUCCUCUCUCUGCUCUGUCUCUCGGCUGUCCUCUUCCUGGCUAACUGUCUGCCCUGUGCCCUGCGAGACAGACGGAGGACAACCAUGGAGGAGCACAGGGAAGGACAACUAGAGGGAGGCGCAAAGAAAGAAGAGGAAGAGGAGAAGAAGGAGAAAGAGGUAGAGGACAGGGAAGCAGAUAAGAGGAAGAAGACAGAAGGUGAAGACAAGAUAAAGCAGCAGCAUGAGGCGGACAAUAAAGAGGAUGUUAAAGAAGUAGAGAUAAUUUGCUGAUACAGCUAUGCACAGGCCAGGUGUACUCACAGGGAAGUAUAAGUAACAGCAUGCUAUCACCCUGUUUAGUACCAUAUUACACUACCAGAUAAGUUUAUAUC